AUGCAAAGCAGUAAAAAUGAUGAUAUAAAUGCUUCACCUACAAGAGCAAUUGACAUGGAUAUAAGUACGUGCUCUUCCACUGACAAAGGCAAUCCUGCUUGGUGGUAUGUUGAUCUGCAAAAAGUGAAAAGCAUUUACGACAUCCAGAUAUAUUUUAAUAGAAUCAGUGAUAUAUACGAACAUCAACAGAAACAACGAAUGUAUGGUUUCCAGCUUUAUGUAUCGAACACGACAGAAGUGGGCAGGAUAAAGGAUGGACACCUCUGCUACAUUCAUAAUGGUCCUAGCCUACCUGUUUUGUCCUCCUCACAUCUUUGUGUCACAUUUGGUCGCUAUGUGUUUUUCUAUAACGAGAGACGUCGUGGUGUGGCAUACCCAGACGGUUCUAAUGUUACGUAUGUUCAGCUUUGUGAAGUAAUUGUAAAUGGCUGCGAAACUGAAGGAGUUUAUGGAACUAACUGUUUCAAUAAAUGUCCAGAAAAUUGUCAAGAACACAGGUGCUACUUGACGAAUGGAACAUGUGCAGGAUGCAUAAAAGGUUGGAAUGGACGCGAUUGUAGAACACCUUGCCUGACAGGAUACUUCGGCAUAGAAUGUGGAAAUAAAUGUUUAGGCAACUGUAUCAACAACGAGACCUGCAAUCACAUAUCAGGAUAUUGCGAUAACGGUUGUUCUGAUGGCUGGACGGGGCAGUUCUGUAAUACAAUGUGUACCCCUGGAACAUAUGGAAGAAGAUGUUCUAACACUUGUAGUGGAAACUGUCUCAAUGGAACACCUUGCAACAAGGUCACUGGGAAUUGUGAUGAAGGUUGUGUAGUCGGAUACCAUAGCGAAAAAUGUGAUCAAGCUUGUUUGAGAGGAUAUUUUGGCAAUGAGUGUGGAAAUAAAUGUUCAGGCAACUGUAUCAACAACGAGACCUGCAAUCACAUAUCAGGGUAUUGCGACAACGGUUGUUCUAAUGGCUGGACGGGGCAGUUCUGUAAUAUAAUGUGCACCCCUGGAACAUAUGGAAGAAGAUGUUCUAACACUUGUAGUGGAAACUGUCUCAAUGGAACACCUUGCAACAAGGUCACUGGAAAUUGUGAUGAAGGUUGUGUAGUCGGAUACCGUGGCGAAAAAUGUGAUCAAGUAUGCCCUUCUGGAACCUUUGGUAAAGACUGUAAGAAAAUCUGCAGUGGUAACUGUGUUAACAAUGACACGUGUAGCCGAGUUGACGGAGAGUGUGUUAAUGGUUGUACAACAGGCUACUGGGGACAUCUCUGCAAUGAGAAGUGCCAAAAUGGAACAUAUGGGAUUAAUUGUUCAUCGCAAUGCAACCCUAAUUGUGCAGGACGUAAAUGUGUCCAAUGGACUGGUUCAUGUUCUAACGGUUGUUUACCAGGAUGGCAGAAUACAAAAUGUGAUGAAGCUUGCUCAGAUGGAUAUUUUGGAGACAACUGUAAACAAACAUGUAGUGGAAAUUGUGCAGACAACGAUACCUGUGAUCAUGUAAAUGGAUAUUGUUUGAAGGGAUGUCGUGAAGGGUUUGGGGGUAAACGCUGCGAGAGUGCAAGUGAUUCCAAAAGGAAUGAUGAAAUUGGAAGCGUUUUGGUUUUGGGACUUUCUUCUGCAUUAGGAAGUUUGUUUCUGUUGACUGCUGCAGGUUGUUUGUUUUUAUUAUGCUUUUUUCGAAGAUCCAAGAAAAGAAAGGCAAUGCAAAGAACGAAUUCAUGUACAUCAAGCUAUUUCCAAGGACCCCUUGUAAACAGAAUUUCUUCCCAUGCAGGAGAUACACACAUGUAUGAGGAAUUUCAUUCUGAAAUUCGAAUCUACGAUACUAUUUCUCCUGAAUUAUAAUUCGAUACGUAGUACGACGUUUUCAUACUGAUUUCAAAGGACGCGUGUUUCGAAACGAAACACCUCUAUGGACUUUCUCUCCUUAGGCAACUGAAGAUUUCUAACUGAUUUGCGUUAGAUGUAGAAUUCAUAGAAUUGAUACUUUAAAAUUCGUUUCAUAUUUUAAAAUACUUUCUCAUGUACUUGUAUUUUUGUUUCACAAAGGUUAAAUGGGAUAUUUCAGUGCAAUUGAUGAAAAUUGAAAGACUUGAUAUUUGUUAUUUGAUUUUCCUAUCGACCAACAUAGCUUUUAAUCUUAUUAUUUUAUCAAGUAUAGUAGU